AUGACUGCUGAUCUUGGCGCGCGACGCGCGUCGAUUUGUCCUGAACCUCCGUUCAACGCGCUCUUCAACAUCAGGAUGCCAUUUAUCUACCCCACUUCGCAGCUCUCACUUGAAAGGAAGACACCAGUUGUGUCCACCGCGAACGUGGGCCAGCUCGCGGUCGAUCUGAUCAUCGCGAGCUUGUCUCUCCAACGCGUCGCAAUCCUCGAAUCUGGCUAUUGCGUGCCCGUCGUAGGUGCAAGGGAGGACGGCCAGAAGGGGAUCACGACUGCCCUCGAACUUUAUGGCCAUCCCGGCGUCGACUUCGUCGUAAUUCAGCAGAGGUCUCCGGUGUUGAAGGUUGGGGCAUAUUCUCUUGUCUGCUUGGAUGCCCGUUCAGCCCUUCGUUUGCAGUCAAGAAAGGAAGAAUUCAUAAAGGCCCUCCUCAACUUUAUCAAAGAUUCGAAAUUUGGCGCUGUGCUAUUCCUCUCAGGCGUCGACCUCUCGAACAGGACCGACUCUCAAAUGACAACCCCAACCUAUCAAAUCCGACCCGAAAACAGCCCUACCUUGGCUGGAACCGCCUUACAACGCCUCUCUUCUCUCCCAAUUCCAAAAUACACUUCACCUGUUUCACAAGAAGCCCAGCCUGCUGAAAGCAGUUCCAGCACCCCAUUCAUCCCUGGCGGUGGUAUCACUCGCAGGAUAUUAUCUUCACUUCCAAGCGAAUGGAGCGUUCCAACAGCCAGCAUACUCCAAUUCGUACUGGAGGGCGACAAUCGUGCAGAUGCUGGCCUCCUGGCCUCCGUCGUGGUCAAAAUACUAGGCAAGGAGGUUCCCCAGUGGAGGCAACCUGGGAGCUGGAGAGACGGGUUGUUCGGGACGCCUCAUGAUCAAACCUUGUUUGGAUAG